GUGAUGUCGCGGCGGUCGGGGGCGGGCGGCGCGGUGUGCGUCGACGAGAAGGUGCUCCCGCGCAGGUUCGCCAGGGCGCUGCUGCACGCCGCCUACACCGACCAGGUGGAUUUGAGCCUGAUUGGAAGGAAUUCAUCAUCUCCCUCGUCAACGAACACAAGUAAUGGGAGCACGUCGUGGGCGGGCGUGUCCCGCGGCGGCGCGCGGCCCGCCACCACCGCGCUGCUCGACGACGCCUUCCAACUCUACGAGAUAGCCAGGUUCGUGGAGAUGCCGAUAGUGGUGCAAGGGUGUGAGGACGCCAUCGUGGAGGCUCUCAGCGCGGAGACGUUGCCGCACGUGCUUCGCUGGGCAGCCGCGCCGCACGCCAGUCAGUGGGUGCACAGACAGGCGAUGCGGUUCCUGCGCGACGAGUUCCCGUCGAUCAUGUCGGUGUCGGCGUGCGGCCGCCUGCCCAGCUCCGCGCUCGCCGGCGCGCUCGCCUCGCCCUUCCUGCAGGCGUCGGAGGCGUGCACGCUGCGCGCGCUGGUGCGGUGGGCGGCGGAGCGCUCGCCCGUGGUGUCGCGCGCGCGCCGCGCCGCCGCCGCGGACUCGGUGCUGCGCGACGCGCUCGCCGCGCUGCUGCCGCUCGUGCGCCUCGAGCACCUGCCGCCCGACCACGACCUGCUCAACCAGGCGAGUCACACACACACACACACACACGCACACACACGCGCCGCCGCCGCGGACUCGGUGCUGCGCGACGCGCUCGCCGCGCUGCUGCCGCUCGUGCGCCUCGAGCACCUGCCGCCCGACCACGACCUGCUCAACCAGGCGAGUCACACACACACACACACACGCACACACACGCGCCGCCGCCGCGGACUCGGUGCUGCGCGACGCGCUCGCCGCGCUGCUGCCGCUCGUGCGCCUCGAGCACCUGCCGCCCGACCACGACCUGCUCAACCAGGCGAGUCACACACACACACACACACACGCACACACACGCGCCGCCGCCGCGGACUCGGUGCUGCGCGACGCGCUCGCCGCGCUGCUGCCGCUCGUGCGCCUCGAGCACCUGCCGCCCGACCACGACCUGCUCAACCAGGCGAGUCACACACACACACACACACGCACACACACGCGAGUCACACACACACACACGCACACACACGCGCCGCCGCCGCGGACUCGGUGCUGCGCGACGCGCUCGCCGCGCUGCUGCCGCUCGUGCGCCUCGAGCACCUGCCGCCCGACCACGACCUGCUCAACCAGGCGAGUCACACACACACACACACACACGCACACACACGGUACGACUCAGCGGACUCGGUGCUGCGCGACGCGCUCGCCGCGCUGCUGCCGCUCGUGCGCCUCGAGCACCUGCCGCCCGACCACGACCUGCUCAACCAGUUGAUCCGGCGCGGCGUGAUCUCGGGCCCGGUGGCGGGCGGCGGCACGGCGGACGCGUGGCUCGGCCGCGGCGCCUUCCGACCGGCGAGGUGCUUCCUGCCGUACCUCGACGAGAUCAAGGCGCUGCUAGAGGACCAGGCGGUGCCGGAAGCGGAAGUGUCGCGCGUGCGGCGCGAGCGCUACCUGCACCGGAUACCCGACACGCUGUACAUGGUGGCGGCGGCGCGCGGCGUGGCGGCGGGCGUGGCGGCGGGCGCGGCGGGCGGCGCGGCGGGCGGCGCGGGCGCGGCGCCGGACGCGGCGUGCGUGCAGCCGGCGCUGCUGCAGGCGGUGCGCGCGCGCGUGCGCGAGCUGGCGCACUCGCAGCCGCAGGCGCGCGCGCUGCAGCUGCACGCGCAGCACGCGCAGCCCGUGUACCGCCAGAUCGCGCUGCGCGCCGUGCGCGAGAUGUCGCUGCCCGACUCGUGCGCCGAGCUGGUGCUGGCGGAGGUCCACAGCGAGUGGGAGGCGCCGCGGCCCGACCGCGCCGAGCCCGGCCCCGAGCCCGACCGCGCCGCCGACUGCUGCAGGUACACACAGGCACACUCUAAAGCCGACGUUCACUACCUGUGCUUCCUAUAGUCCGAUGUGCGCAGCCGAGUGUAGUACAC